AUUUAAUGCUCAAAAAUGGAGGCGUUGUGCUUGUUGGACAACUGGAAGAAGGAUCCUCAUGUCCCUGAGCGAGUAAGUGAAAAUACGCUGGCCAUGGAUAGUUUGAACCAAAAUCUUACCAGUAGACAUCAGUCUCAUCAGGUGCUACAGAGCACUCCACUGGAUUUAAUUGAGACUGGGAAAGCACUGAAGGUCCAAGCAGAGCGCCCCCAUUUGGUCAGUCUAGGAAGUGGCCGUCUCAGUACAGCCAUCACCCUCUUACCCCUGCCUGAAGGCAAGACCACUCUGGGUCACGGAGCCAUGGACAUCAACAUCCAAGGCCCAGGGAUCGCAGCUCAGCACUGCUUCAUCGAAAACAAGUCAGGACUCAUCACUCUGCACCCCUGCGGAAACCAGUGUAGCAUGGACGGACUUCCGGUCACCAAACCUGUGCGCCUGUCUCAAGGCUGUAUGCUGUGUUUCGGCCAAUCCGCCUUCUUCCGUUUCAACCACCCCGAGGAGGCUUUCCGAAUGAAAAGCAUGAUGCCUGAGGGAGGACAGACAGCCAGUGUGAAAAACUGGGCCCGCACAGAUUCUGAGAACCUGGUCAAUGGGAACCACUCGUCGGGAGCACCCAAAUCUCACUUGGUCUCCAACGAGAGAGUGCGCCCUGAGCACAGUGCCAUCGUCAGUUCCAUUGAGAAGGACCUCCAGGACAUUAUGGACUCAUUAGUCAUGGAUGACCCUCAGCCCUCUUCCUCUGAGUCAAAGAAGCCCUCUGGUCAGCCCAUCUCCCAGUCUCCCCUGUCCCCCAUGUUAAAUGGAGGGGGGCGCUUCCUUCUCUCACCCCCAACAAGCCCUGGUGCUAUGUCUGUGGGCUCUAGUUAUGAAAAUACCUCCCCUCCUUUCUCUCCUCUCUCAUCCCCAUCGGCCGCCAGCAGUGGCAGCUACACCAGUCCUUCUCCAAGUGGUUGUCAGGACCAGCUUCACACGCUUCCUCCUGUGCCAGUGAGGUCUUCUAGUUACAAUUACACCAGCCAGCCACCCAUACCUCAGCCACGGACCACACUGCCCAGCUAUUCCGGUGGCAACAGUGGGCCAAAGGUGCCUGAGAGUCCCAGACUCCAGCGAAAGGCUCUUUUAGAAGCACCGCCAAGCCCAAAGCCAAGUCGUAGGGGGUUGAACCAAGACAGCUCGGUGGCUAAAACCCCAGACAGCCCCAUACAGACUCACAUUCUGCCCUCAGUCUCCAUCUCUACCGCUCCGACUGGUCACCCAUCUGUCAGUCGGAUUCCAGUUCCAGGUAGCCCCAGACUGACCCCCAAAUUCUCCACUGCAUCCCCAUCCUCCUCGCCCUCUAGUCCUAGAACCAAAACUGCCAUCGUUCUCCAGGAUCGACCCUCAAGUCCUUUCCGGGAGCAGCCUCAGCCAGAUCGCUCCUUGACCUCCAGCCCGCUAUCCCCACCUUCGAGAUCUUUCCAGCCCCCUUUGGACCCCAUUGUCCACAUCAUUCAGGGUGGACCUCCACACCCGCAUCCUCGCACACUGCAGCCUCCAGAAAGUCCGCGGCUGGCCCGCAGGAACCUUGAAGGGAGUAGCAUGAGGGAGCUUCCCCCUCUUAGCCCCUCAAUAGCUCGCAGGGGGGUUCCUGUGCUCCCCGGGGCUCUUCCAGGGACACUGCGGACUCCAGAGAGUCCAUCCCCAAGAAUGGUGCCAGAGAGUCCCAGACUCAGGCGGAAAGCAGGGUCUCCUACGGAGGAGCCAUUCAGUCCUCGUGGGGUGCGUGCUCGUAGUCCUUCACCCACCUCCGGACUGAUGGGGGAAGGCAGUGGACGGAAGGGCAGUUUUGGGAACUCGCUCUCUUCGGCGUUUAGCUUGGGUUCCCUGCCUGGGUCAUCGCCCCGAUCCAGUCCUAGGAGCCACAGAAAGAUGUCAGCGGGCCACAGGGACCUCCGGAUGCCUCACCCAGGCAUGAGGGAGCGCAAAAAUAGCAUCACAGAGAUCAGCGACAACGAGGAUGACCUUCUGGAGUACCACCGGCGCCAAAGAGAAGAACGACUCAGAGAGCAAGAAAUGGAAAGGCUGGAACGGCAACGGCUGGAAACAAUCUUGAACCUCUGCGCCGAGUACAACAAGGGCGACGGGCCGGCGGGAGAUCUGGGCAGGAUGGGCGUUUCUGGGCUGGGCUCGAGGGACGGGCUUAACGUCAGACGUCCUUCCAUGGACAGUGUGAGCAGCGCUUCCCUAAGGGCGGCACAGAGGCAUCGUGAAAGCCAAGAGGAGAACCUGAAGGAGGACAGCAGUAGCACUGAGAGUGCGCAGCAGGACGGACGGACCCCACCAGCUCUGCUAAAUGGACAAAAUGGACAGGCAGAAGACUCUCUGGGAUCGGGCAGCAUUGGCCGUCUGGAACUGGGAUACCUGGAGGAGGAGCGGGUUCGAGUGCUGGCAAAGGUAGAUGAGCUCAAAGCUCGAAUCACAGAACUGGAGCAGCAACUUCAGGAGUCCAAACAAGAGGCGGAGAUGGAAAGAGCUCUGCUGCAGGGAGAGAGACAGGCCGAGCUGGAGCAAAUCGAGGCAGAGACGGAGAUUAUCAACCAGCUGCAGCGCAAACUCAGCGAACUGGAGAGCACCAUCCAGAGAGAGAAAGACAAGGCAUGCCAUUCUGCCGGAUGGCCACUCAAGGCCCAUUCUGGUCUCGAUUGCCAUCCCAAGGAGAGGGCUAAUGUUGACGCUGAACGGGAAGCCCUGGAGAGGCUUCAGGAUGGGUACAAUGAGUUGACGAGCCAGCUCCAUAACUGCCCUGAGUCUCUGAGGGAGCAGUUACAGGAACAACUCAAGAGGGAAGCUGAGACCCUUGAGGCUGCGACUAAGCAGUUUGAGGACCUGGAGUUCCAGCAGUUAGAGAAGGAGAGCAGUCUAGAAGAGGAGCGUGAGACCAUCAGUCAGCAGCUGCUGCAGGACAGAGCUCAGUACCACAGCAGCAUCACCAAAAGAAAGGAAAAGGUUGCAGCGUUGGAAAGCCAGGCCACUCAGCUGGGAAUACAAGCUGCUCAGGAGUGUGAGAGACUGGCGAAAGACAGAAGUAUGGCCUUGCAGCUGCUACAGAAGGAAAAGGAAAGGCUGGCCAAUCUGGAGAGAAGAUACCAGAGCUUAUCUGGUGGAAAGACGUUCCCCAAAAGCUCCAACACUAUAAAAGAGGAGUACUUGAAGCUGUCGGAUGUUUAUAAGAUGUAUGGGAGUGAUUGCCAUGACAUCCAGCUCACCAACGCUUCCUCACACGGCCUCUCGCUUGCCCUUGACCCAGCUGUAACUGCCCCCCGUGAGGAGUAUGUGACCGUCGGCCAAUUAAACCAGAUCUAUGGGAUGCCGAAGGUGGAGUCUUCCCCUACCUCACCCAUCCAAUUACUUCAGUCUUCUCUCGCAGACUCCGCCUUCUCCUGCCUCCCCUCCCCUCACGGCUCCUCCCUCUCUCUCUCCUUCGAGCGUCAGUCGGACUGGGGCAGGCCUCAGAUGCCCGCUCUAGAUUUAGAGCGCUGGUACCAGGAGGUAAUGGCAGCUGGAGAUGCAAACCAUCUCUGCCCUCCUCCUCCCCUCCCGGCUAAAGCUUUCUCAUCACGCAAGCCUGCGCAGGUGUACCGCUCUCGACUGGACAGUGAUAGCAGCCAGUCGUCGAUUUCGAGACCAAAAAUCAGCGCCGGUCUGUCCCCCACAUACACCACAGCUACGCUGGGACGCAACACUCCUGCCAGGAGUCCUCUGAUGGUAGCCAACAGCACCGGGAGUCUCCCACGCAACCUGGCAGCCACCCUGCAGGAUAUUGAGACCAAGAGGCAGCUGGCUCUUCAGCAGAAAGAAUUCUUGCCCUCCGUGUUUGCAUCGUCCUCCAGUACGGACGGUCCCACAGGCCAGCAAGUGAUUGAGGAGCAACGGAGGCGUUUGGCCGAGCUGAAGCAGAAAGCUGCAGUAGAGGCUCAGUGCCAGUGGGAGGCGCUCCAUGGCUCUCAAACGCAGCUCAACAGUCCCUUUUCUUCAACCUCCGGGCCAGUGGUGCACCACUCCAUCCUGCACCACACAGCGCUCUCUUCUGGGGAACAGCCUUACGACACCCUCAGCCUGGAGAGCUCGGACAGCAUGGACACAAGCAUCUCCACUGGAAACAACUCUGCCUGCUCUCCUGACAACAUGUCCAGUGCCAGUGGUAUGGAUGCGCUGAAGAUCGAGGAGAUGGAGAAGAUGUUGAAAGAGGCACAGCUCGAGAAAGCUCGACUUAUUGAGUCUAGAGAACGAGAGACUCAGGCCCGUAAACUCAUGCUGGAGGAGGAGAGGAGGAGAAGAGAGGAGGCGGAGAAGAGACUGCAGGAGGAGACGGUACACAGACAGCAGCUGAUAGAGAAGGAGGUGAAGAUGAGGGCCAAAAACUUCUCUCAGGCGCGCCCGAUGACCCGAUACCUGCCCAUUCGCAAAGAGGAGUUCGACCUCCGGUGCCACAUCGAGUCGUCAGGUCACAGCGUGGACACGUGCUACCACGUGAUCCUCACCGAAAAGAUGUGCAAGGGCUAUCUUGUCAAGAUGGGAGGGAAGAUCAAAUCCUGGAGGAAGCGCUGGUUCGUCUUUGAUCGCCUUAAAAGGACGUUUUCCUACUACGCCGAUAAGCACGAGAGCAAAUUGAAGGGCGUCAUCUACUUCCAGGCUAUCGAGGAGGUUUACUAUGAUCACCUGCGCAGUGCCACGAAGAAAGGAUUUUUCAAUCUGAAUUUGACAAACAGCCCCAACCCCUCCCUGACCUUCUGCGUGAAGACGCACGACAGACUGUAUUACAUGGUGGCCCCGUCCGCAGAGGCCAUGAGGAUAUGGAUGGAUGUGAUAGUGACAGGAGCCGAGGGCUACACACAGUUCAUGAACUGAGACAAAACCCACCGCUGCUCGCUGACCCACGCGUCAAAACGGAAACCGUUCGGCAGGGAGACUUCAAAUGACCCAGACCUGUUAUUCCCAACGAGAGGAAAAACUUUAUUUUGUUACUUCCUUUUUUUUUGUUUCCUUCUUCUUCUUCUUCUUCUUCUCAUGUUUCCUGAAGAUGUUAUAUAUUCGCUCAGAUGCACAGACAGAUAUCCACCAGAGGCUGUCCAUGUUUGCCUGGAUAGAAAAAGGGAGAAGACGAAAAGACCCGGUGAACCAAACCUGCAGGUGGUGGCUCACUCACCAUCGACGAAAAUGCCUUUUUGCCGUCAGAGAUAUUUUUCAGUUGCAGUUUAUCUUGUCUGGAGGCGCAGAAACUCGACUUUCAUUUGUAAAGUUUGUCCUACGAUUUGUCUUUUCAAACAUGCCAAAUGCCAUCAAGCCAUUCUGGAAUAGUAUCGCGCUAAACAUUUGAUGGAUUGAUUGGCCGAGAGAAUAUAAGUGAACUGCAGUACAUUUAAAUGAUGUUUUAAAGGAAAUGGAGUGUUACAUUCACAUUUAAAGAUCCGGUAUCACAGAAACAAAGACUUAAUUCACCAAAGCUCACCUACCAGCUCAGGAGUCUAUAUUUAUUGUAGAGGGACGUCAGCGACUCCUGUCCAACUGUAUCCCACUGUGUCUCUGUGUUCCCAGCUCAUCUUUUAGAUACAGAACCACAAACGCAUGCACACACAUAUACACAUGACGUACAACAGUAGAGUCUAUUUGCCAAGUCCUGACAACUUGAUCUUGUGAUUUGACUCCCAAGGGAGGCAGCCAUCACCUAUCACUGCCAGCCUAUGAGAGUUUGGAAUAAUUUCCACAAACAGGAGAAAAAGAAACAACAUCAUAAUCAUGCAAGUCAUGCAGUGCCUUGAUAUUGACCCAUAUUUGUCACUCUUAGUAUCUGAACUGUUACACUAGUGAAAAAUAGCUGGAAUCACAGUCUUAAGGUGCGGUCACAUUCGUGAAAUUCUGAGGGUAAAAAAAAAGGUCUGUUAUCAAUUGUGUGGAGAUGAAUGAAGUAGAGCUCACACAGAAGUCUUUCUGUUGGUCAACGCACUACAAUCGCUUAAAAGAUUUGAAUUUGUUUAGAAAUCUGACUUGGGAAAUCUUUCAAUAUCAUGUGAAAUUCUAGAUUGCAUGGAUGCUUAUUGAAAUUUGCUUGGAUUUCGCCUGCAAAAAUUCACUAUACAACAGUAAAUUAGCGAAAAUUUUGUGAAAAUUACGUAGUCAAAAAUUAAUGAUUGUCAUAAAGUACAUCUUAUAUAGAAGUCGUGUUCAAAACAAGCAUGUUUUCCUGCUUUCUGUUGGUCAACGCAGUGAAUUCGCUUGACAGUUUUGAAUCUGUUUCGAAAUCUGCAUUGGGAAAUCUUUCGCCAUCAUGCGAAAUUCCAGAUACCAUGGAUGCCUAUUGAAAUUCGCAUGGAUUUCGCCUGCGAAAAAUCAUUGAACAAUAGUAAAUUAGCAGUUUUUUUUAAAGAUUAUGUUGGCCAAAAAAUGUCAAUUGUUUACUGUUAUGAAGUGCAGUUUUGAAAUCUUUCGCCAUUAUGCGAAAUUCCAAUUCGCCAUUAUGCGAAAUUUGUUUGGAUUUUGUCAGGGAAAAUUCACUGAACAGUAAAUUAGCUAAUUUUUUGUGAAAAUUACAGCUCAUACAGGAGUCAUGUUCAAAACAAGCAAGUUUUCCUGUUUUCUGUUGGUCAAUGCAGUGAAUUCGAUUGACAGAUUUGAAUCGGGUUUAAAAUCUGCUUUGGGAAAUCUUCAUACUCAAUUCCAGAUUGCAUGGAUGGUUAUUGAAAUUUGCCUGCAAAAAUUCACUGGACAACAGAAAAUUUUGUGAAAAUUCUGUUAAAAUUAAUUAAAAGUCACAUUCAAAACAAGCAAGUUUUCCAGCUUUCUGCUGGUCAAUGCAGUGAAUUUGCUCAACAGAUUUGAAAAUCAGUUUAGAAAUCUGAUUUAGAAAAUCUUUUGUCAUCAUGCGAAAUUCCAGAUUUCAUGGAUGCCUAUUAAAAUUUGCCUGGAUUUCACUGCGAAAAUUCACUGAACAGUAAUUUAGCAAAAUUUUUGUGAAAAUUCCAUAGGCAAAAAAUGUCAGUUGUCUACUGUCUGUAGUGUAGUGGUGCAUAAAGUAAAGCACACACAGAAGUUACGUUCAAAACAAGCAAGUUUUCCAGCUUUCCGUUGGUCAACGCAGUGAAUGUUAUCGGCACAUUUGAAAAUCGGUUUAGAAAUCAGAUUUAGAAAAUCUUUCGCCGUCAUGCGAAAUUCGAGUUUUUCUGGCUUUCUGUUGGUUAACACAGUAAAUUCCCUUGACAGAUUUGAAAAUCGUUUUACAAAUAUGAUUUGGAAAAUCUUUCGCCAUCAUGCAAAAUUCCAGAUUUCAUGGAUGUCUACUGAAUUCGCCUAGAUUUCGCCUAAGGAAAUUUACCAAACAGCAGCAAAGUAGCAAAAAUUUUGUUAAAAUUACGUAGUCAAAAAAAAGUCAGUUAUCUACUGUCAGUAGUGUAGAGGUGCAUGAAGUACAGCUCACAAAGAAAUCACGUUCAAAACAAGCACAUUUUCCGACUUUCUGUUGGUCAACACAAUUAAUUCACUUGGUCGACUUGAAUCAGUUUCGAAAUCUGCACUGGGAAAACUUUCGCCAGCGUGCAAAAUCUGCAAUUACUCAGAUACCUAUUAAAAUUUGUUUGGAUUUCGCCUGCGAAAAUUCAAAGAACAACAGUAAAUUAGUAAAAGUUUUGUGAAAAUUCCACACAGAAGUCACGUUGAAAACAAGCAAGUUGUCCGGCUUUCUGUUGGUCGACACAGUAAAUUCCCUUAAAAGAUUUGAAAAUCGGCUUAAAAUCUGAUUUGGAAAAUCUUUCGCCAUCAUGCAAAAUUCCAUAUUUCAUGGAUGCCUACUGAAUUUGCCUAGAUUUCGCCUGAGGAAACUUACCAAACAACAGCAAAAUUACGUAGUCAAAAACGAGCACAUUUUCCGACUUUUUGUUGGUCAACACAGUGAAUUCACUUGGCCGUCUUGAAUCAGUUUCGAAAAUCUGCAUUGGGAAACCUUUUGCCAUUGUGCAAAAUUCGCAAUUACACUGAUGCCUAUUGAAAUUCUCUUGGAUUUUACCUGCGAAAAUUCAACUAACAACAGUAAAGUAUCAAAUUUACAACAGUAAAGUAUUCAAACUUUCACAAAUAAAGAACGUUUCCAGAUUUCUGUUGGUCAACAUGGUGAAUUCGCUUGACAGAUUUAAAUCAGUUUAGAAAUCUGCUUUUGGGAAAUCUUUCUCCAUCAUGCAUAAUUCCAGAUUGGAUGGAUGCCUUUUGAAAUUGAAAGGGUGCCUAUUGAAAUAUGAACAACCUAAAUUAGCUCAAAUUUUAUGAAAAUUACAUAGCCAAAAAAACCUAGCAGAAAAAUCUUUCGACAUCAUAUGAAUUCAUAUCGAAAUGACACUAUUUUGCCUACUAAUAUUCACAGAGCAGCAAUAAAUGUGACUGCACCUUUAUUCCAUGUGACACAUAGUGGGUUUUACUGUUUUAAGAGAUUGUGAACAGACACAUACUGUAAUUUUAAAAAAGGUGACCUAUUUAAAUCAGUCCGAUACUGCUUUAAUACAAUUUAAGAGGUUUAGUAGCUCUUCAAGUAUUAUUGAUGAUUUACAGGCAGGCUAUUAACUAGUCUGCCCGACCUUGUGUUAGUUUGGGGAAAAAAUGUUUAUUUAUGGUUAGCGUUGUUACAGCUACGACACUGUUACAAAAAAAGACCAACAUGUUCUGCUUUCUCCCGAAACCAAACUGUAUGUUCAAAUGAAAUCUGCAGAGAAUUGAAAUCAACAUGAAUAAUUAGUUAUCAUUUUGCGUGUAAGAUGUCUUGAGUACUAUCACAGAACUAGGUGAAAACAGUGUUGUAAAAUGUUGAACAUGAAUACACUCACGGUUUUCCUUA